AUGCUUCGUUCCGUCCGUCUCACCUCCACCACCCUCCGCGCCGCUCGUGGCUACGCGUCGACCGCCGCUCACCCCGUGACCGGCGGCGCGUCGCAGCUCUCGCCCCUCGCCGCCAAGGCCGCCGAGGAGGUCUCGUCCAAGUGGAAGGGUACCUCGGCGCUCGGCGGCAACACCAAGAACUACAUUGGUGGCGAGUUUGUUGAGUCGUCGUGCUCCAAGUGGGUGGAGGUCCACGACCCCUCCUCGCAGACGCUCCUUACCCGUGUUCCCGAGACCACCGAGGCCGAGUUCAACGCUGCUGUCGGUGCCGCUGCCGAGGCCUACAAGACCUGGUCGCAGACCUCGAUCAUGCGCCGCCAGCGCGUCAUGUUCGAGCUGAUGAACCUCAUCCGCCAGCACACCCCUGAGAUUGCCCAGUCGAUCGUUCUCGAGCAGGGCAAGACCUUUGCCGACGCCCAGGGCGACGUUGGCCGUGGUCUCCAGGUCGUCGAGGCCGCUACCGCCGUCACCUCGGGUCUCCUUGGUGACAAGCUCGAGGUCACCACCGACAUGGACACCUACUCGCGCCGCCACCCCCUCGGUGUCACUGCCGCCAUCACCCCCUUCAACUUCCCCGCCAUGAUCGUUCUCUGGUCGGCUGCCCUCGCCACCGUCACCGGCAACACCCUUGUUGUCAAGCCCUCGGAGCGUGACCCCGGAGCCACCAUGAUCAUUGCUGAGCUCGCCGCCAAGGCCGGCCUCCCCGACGGUGUCCUCAACGUCGUUCACGGCACUGCCCCCACCGUCAACCGUGUCUGCGACCACCCCGACAUCAAGGCCAUCUCGUUCGUUGGUGGUGACGCCGCAGGCAAGCACAUCUACGACCGUGCCAUUGUCCAGGGCAAGCGUGUCCAGGCCAACCUUGGUGCCAAGAACCACUGUGUCGUCAUGCCCGACGCCAACAAGAACCUCACCCUCAACGCUAUUGCGGGUGCCGCGUUCGGCGCCGCCGGCCAGCGCUGCAUGGCCCUCUCGGUCGCCAUCUUUGUCGGCGAGUCGCGUGCUUGGAUCCCCGAGCUCAUUGAGCGCGCCAAGGGCCUCAAGGUCUCGGGUGGCUUUGAGCAGGGCGCCGACCUCGGCCCCGUCAUCUCCCCCCAGGCCAAGGAGCGCAUUGAGGGCCUCAUCGCGUCGGUCGAGACUGAGGGCGGCAAGAUCCUCCUUGACGGCCGUGGUGUCGAGGUUCCCGGCUACCCCGCCGGCAACUUUGUCGGCCCCACCGUCGUCGAGGUCGACACCAACAUGAGCGCCUACAAGAACGAGAUCUUCGGCCCUGUGCUCAACAUCAUCUCAGCCGAGACCCUCGACGAGGCUGUUGCCAUCAUCAACCGCAACAAGUACGGUAACGGUGCCGCCAUCUUCACCACCAACGGUGCUACUGGCCGCAAGUUUGAGAUCCAGGCCGAGCCCGGACAGAUCGGCAUCAACGUCGCCAUCCCCGUUCCCCUCCCCAUGUUCAACUGGUCGGGCUCCAAGGGCUCGUUCAUGGGCGACAUUCCCUUCUACGGCAAGACUGGUCUCGACUUCUACACCACUCGCAAGACCACCACUGCCCUCUGGCCCCACGAGGACGCUUCGCACGCCGAGGCCGCCGUCGCCAUGCCCCAGAUCCACUAA